AUGGAGUCUCUCAGCAGUUGCUCUCAGCCUCAGAAACUAUUUAACCCUCAAGGGUUUCCUGCCGGACUUCUGGUAGUGUGGGCAGAAUUAUCUGAGUUAGAAAUCUUCAAAGUAGAGUCUCCUGGCAGUAGCUCUCAGCUCCAAAUACUACACUCAAAUAAAACUCAAUUUGCUGGGUGCGGGCGGCAGGGGCCGGAAUCCAAGCCCACGCAGCUAGAAGAAGAGACCACGGCCAACAGCGAGCGCACCUUCAUCGCUAUCAAGCCUGAUGGAGUCCAGCGGGGCCUCGUGGGAGAUAUCAUCAAGCGUUUUGAGCAGAAGGGAUUCCGCCCCGUCGCUUUGAAAUUCAUACAAGCAUCUGAAGACCUUCUCAAGGAGCACUACAUCGCCCUGAAGGACCGCCCGUUCUAUACUGGCUUGGUGAAGUACAUGCAAGGGCCAGUCGUUGCCAUGGUCUGGGAAGGGCUGAAUGUGGAAACCGGCCGCGUGAUGCUCGGGGACACCAACCCUGCCGACUCCAAGCCUGGGACUAUUUGAGGGGAAUUUUGCAUUCAAGUUGGCAGAAACAUCAUUCAUGGCAGCGAUUCUGUGUAAAGUGUGGAGAAGGAGAUUGGCUUGUGGUUUCGCCCCGAGGAACUGGUGAGUUACAAGAGCUGUGCUCAGGACUGGAUCUAUGAGUGA